UCCCCGUCUCUAUCAGUAUCUUGUCGAAAUAUUUUUUUUAUUGACAUGUACAAUUUUAUUUUAUAAUAGUAUACAGUACAUGUCAACAGAUUGAAGAAAUGGAGAAGAAAUGUGGUUGUAAAGGGAUACGAUCUUGUAUCUUGUGCGAAAAGAAGGAGAAACCCACAAAACAACAGGACUGUCAGAAGUCAGAUUGUGUAGAUAUAUAUGAUUUUUGUUGCCAUUGUGGUAAAGCUUGGCUACAGUCUUCGCAGAAGUCAGACAUAGAUGAAGGAAAAUUGUCAAACUGUGAAAUGAUUGCUACCCCACAAUGUUGUGAAAGUCACGAUGAACAGGGAACCAGAAAAUUCAUACAUUUUCCAGGAAUACAGAUUUAUUGUGAUUUUAUCAGCAAAACAGAAGAACAAACAGUCUGUGAUAAGAUAUAUGAAACACCGUUUUGUUUAUCACAGUCAGGGAGAAGAAAGCAGGACUAUGGACCGAAGGUGAAUUUCAAAAAGCAGAAAAUAAAAUUAGCAGAGUUCACAGGACUUCCAGAAUUUAGCAAAGACAUAUACGACAGAAUAAAGAGGGUAGAAAUUUUGUCGGAUUUUAAACCAGUUGAACUGUGUAACUUGGAGUAUUCAGCAGAAAGGGGAGCUUCUAUUGAUCCCCAUUUUGAUGACUUUUGGCUUUGGGGGGAAAGACUUGUCACAUUAAAUCUUCUAUCUGAUUCAGUUCUCUGUUUUACAAAUGAUGAUGUUCCUGGGACAGAGGUGCAUGUGCCGAUGUUUCGAAGAUCUUUGUUAGUAGUUUACGGUCCAGCUCGAAACAUAUGGAAACAUGCAAUACAUAGAUGUGACAUUAAAGACAAAAGGAUUGCUGUUACGCUGAGGGAACUAUCUAAUGAAUUUCAAAAAGGAGGAAGCAGGGAAGAAGAAGGAACCAACUUACUAGAUAUAGCUCUUACAUUUAAGGGUACAGCUAUUGGCAUGAAAAAGAACUCGGAGCAUUCUGAACCUUGAUAUCUUUUAUUUUGGCAUAACAAAUUUGAUACUUUUAUCUUUUCUGUUGAAUUGUUGAAAAUGAAACAAAACAGCGAUACAACCAGAUUUAGUCUAUUUAAGGAUUGAAUUUUAAAUAACUUGCUACGCUGGUUAUUAAGUGUGCACCACAUUUUUUUAUU